AUGUCGGCAGCUCAGACGUUGGAUUUGGUGGCCUCUCCUACUGACAGAUUGACCGAAGAUGAGUGGAUCCAGGUAACAACAAGGUCUAUACUGCAAGGAGAAUCACACGUCUUUUCUUUCCUUUCUGAUGUGUUUCUGUCUUGCUCUCUUGUUUUCCACAGAAACUGUAUGCAAGCUUUUGAGUGGUAUUCUAGUAGGAAGAGCUGCCCAAUGUGCAGAAGGGAGCGUUAUCAACGUGCAAUUCAUGAUGCUGCUUGACUUCACAGACGCCAUUGUUCUACCAGCACACGCAACCUAACGUUUGUAGGGGGAAUAUACAAAAAUAUCCAGAAAAUCAAGUUCCCCAAAGACAAAAAGAUGGCUCGCCAGUUCUUGGAGCAGAAGUUGCAGGAACUGAAUGACAGCUUUGUCCGAUACUGUCACACUGACAUGGAGGCUUUUCUGAAUGAUAUCGACCGUUCGCUGUCAUCAAGCAGACAAGUCCUCGAACAGCUGGGGAGAAAAGGCAUCUCAGAACCUCGGGAGAACGUGUGGGAGCGACUGAAAAGCCAGGUCGGAAACAAGACGCAGUUGGUCAUAAAAUCCUGA